CCUUCUAUUAUCUAUACACAGACAAUUUUCCCAAUUGCAAAGCUUCACUCAGCCCGACUCCGUUAGAAAACCGAUAGCUCUAUACGAUGUCGUAUUUGCUGCCUCACCUUCACUCCGGCUGGGCCGUCGAUCAGGCGAUCCUGGCGGAGGAGGAGCGCCUCGUCCUCAUCCGCUUCGGCCACGAUUGGGACGAGACCUGCAUGCAGAUGGAUGAGGUGCUGGCUUCAGUUGCCGAAACACUAAAAAACUUUGCUGUCAUAUACCUGGUGGAUAUCACAGAGGUCCCUGAUUUCAACACAAUGUACGAGCUGUAUGACCCCUCCACCAUCAUGUUCUUCUUCAGGAACAAGCACAUUAUGAUUGAUCUUGGCACUGGAAACAACAAUAAGAUCAAUUGGGCCAUGAAGGAUAAGCAAGAGUUCAUUGACAUCGUUGAGACUGUCUACCGUGGCGCCAGGAAGGGGCGUGGUCUAGUUAUUGCCCCUAAGGAUUACUCCACCAAAUAUCGUUAUUGAAAAAAUCAUGCUAUCCUCUGUUAUGGUACAUUUGACUUGCAAAUGAAGGGCAUCCACUAUAGGGGCGGCGCGCCGGCCGCCCCGGAGGCAGCUUAGCUGCGGCGGUCUAUAGGGGAGGAGGAGUCCGCCCCGGGGGUGGACGAAUUUGCUGGGGCGGACGGGCAUUCGCCGCGUUUGCGGCGAGGACGGGGCCGAUGGAGAGAGAAGCGCGGCGGCCGCCGCGCCUAUCUAUUGUGCGGCGAAGCCGGCGCGGCGGUCGCCGGUUUUAUUUUAUUUUUUUAUUUUUUUAAUUUCGAAUUUAUAAUGGUUUUUUUAUAAAUAUUCCUCCCAUUUUCAUCUUCUCUCCACACACAUCUUCACACCCAUUUCACUUUCUAUCCAAAUUUUCUAUCUCUAAAAACUUUUCGAUUAUGGAUGAUUUGUGGAAUCAAGCAUGGGAUUCUUUGAUUCAAGAGGUGCAGAGGGAGGCCGACGAGGAGGCGGCGACGACGAUCCCUCGUGAGAUUCGUCAUCGUCGGACAAUCCCACGAGACCAUGUCGGAGCGGCUGAGCGGCUUAUGGCCGACUACUUUAGCGCUGACUCUCGUUACCACAACUGCUGGUGACACUCAUCUUGGUGGUGAGAAAUUCGACAACAGAAUGGUGUUCUUCAAAGGGCAGGAGCCUUGCAAGACCAUCAAACCCGGCCAGAACUCGCAUCUGUCGUCUCCACAUAUCUACCUUGGGUCGAGAAGCUUAGAUCUAGAAUUGCUUUCUUCAAUUCGUCCAAUCUAGCAUCCAUCCGACGCCAAUGAGCCUCCCAUCGAUUCUCUGUGAUUCCGGCAUCGGACUGCCGUGAUUCAAGCCGUCUUUCCCCUCCUCGUUACCCGGCUGAGAUUUUUCGUCGGCGUUUCAGAAUGUCGCAACCGCUCUUUACCCAUAUAGCGACGACAUUGGCGGACCGGUUCGAGUGCUUCACGCUCCGGAGUGAUUGCACUGGCCGGAUCGGGCUGUCUACUUUGCAUAAAUGCACUUCUGCAAUUAGGCAGCUUGCCUAUGCCGGACCGGCUGAUAUGUUCGACGAAUACCUACAGAUGGGUGAGACGACUAGUCUAAAUGUGCUCCGGCAGUUUUGUAAGGGUAUUCGGGAAGUCUUUGGUCCGGAGUUCCUACGAAAGCCAACCCCUGAUGAGUGCCAGAGACUGCUAGAUAUGCACGGUGCGGUGCACAAUUUCUCAGGGAUGAUGGGCAGCAUUGAUUGUAUGCAUUGGGAGUGGAAAAAGCGCCCGGUGGCGUGGAAAGGCCAGUUCACUACUGGUUUCAAGCAGAAACAUCCGUCGAUGAUCCUCGAAGCCGUUGCUGACCACCGUUUGCGGAUCCGGCAUGCGUAUUUCGGUGUUGCAGGUUCAAACAACGACAUCAACGUUCUGCAGUCGUCGCCUAUCUUCAAUGAUGAGUGCCGGGGAGAGGGUCCAGAGAUCAGUUUUGUAGCAAAUGGCACGCAGUAUCGCAGGGGAUACUAUUUUGGCAGAUGGAAUAUACCCUCGUUGGCCCGUAUUCGUCAAGACACUUCGCCAACCGGCUAGAGCGAAGAGACAAUAUUUUGCACGAAAACAAGAGGCCGCUAGGAAAGAUGUUGAGCGAGCUUUUGGUGUGCUCCAAGCGCAAUGGGCCAUUCUUCGCUGCCCGGCACGAGUUUGGCACGAAGAUGAUGUCGCAAAUAUUAUGGUAGCAUCUAUCAUAUUGCACAAUAUGAUAAUAGAAGAUGAAGGAUUUGCUGCAGAACGUUGGGCGCCGGAAGAUGGUGCAAGUACAAGUCACGGCGUUGCCUCCGCGCCGAUACAGAUGGGUGUACCACGUAGUAAUGAAUAUCUGAUCCAACGUUUCGCUGAUAUACGCAGGAGCACAACACAUGACCAACUCCAGGUCGAUUUGAUUGAAGAGGUCUGGGCACGUAGGGGAGGCGGCGUAGCGUGAAGAACAUGUGUGAUUUUCCGUAGAUCAAAUUUUCGUUGUAAUUUUUCCCUCACUUUAAUCCGACGAAAAUUUAGUUUUCAAUUUUAAUUUUAUGGCUCUA